GUGGGCCUCCGGGGUGGCGGGCGUCUCGGCGUCGGUGUCUCGGGACCCUGGCUGUCCGGCGGGCGCGUUUGGGCGGAGGCGCAUUGGGGUGGGAUAGGUCCGGCGGCCGGCCAGUCCGGCAGGAAGGCGGGAAGACCUUUCGCCUUCCUCUGGGCCACUCGGCUGUCCCGAGAUUAGAGGGAGCAGUGACAUCCUGCGCUCAGAAUGUCAUACCCAGGCUACCCCCCAACAGGCUACCCACCUUUCCCUGGAUAUCCUCCUGCAGGUCAGGAGUCAACUUUUCCCCCUCCGGGUCAGUAUCCUUAUCCUACUGGCUUUCCUCCAGUGGGAGGAGGUGCCUACCCACCAGCCCCAAGUAGUGGCUAUCCUGGGGCGGGAGGCUACCCUGCCCCUGCAGGAUAUCCGGCCCCUGGAGGCUAUCCUGGUGCCCCACCACCAGGGGGAGCUCCAUCCUAUCCUGGAGUUCCUCCAGGCCAAGGAUUUGGAGCCCCCCCAGGUGGAGCAGGCUUCUCUGGCUAUCCACAGCCACCCUCACAGCCUUAUGGUGGUGGCCCAGCACAGGUCCCACUACCUGGUGGCUUUCCUGGAGGACAGAUGCCUUCUCAGUAUCCUGGAGGACAAAGUCCUUACCCAAGUCAGCCUGCCUCAGUGACUCAGGGAACUCAAGGUACAAUCCAACCAGCUGCCAACUUUGAUGCCAUGAGAGAUGCAGAAAUUCUUCGGAAAGCGAUGAAGGGUUUUGGGACAGACGAGCAGGCGAUUGUGAGUGUUGUGGCCAACCGUUCCAAUGAUCAGAGGCAAAAAAUUAAAGCAGCUUUUAAGACCAUGUAUGGCAAGGAUUUAAUCAAAGAUCUCAAAUCAGAGCUAAGUGGAAAUAUGGAAGAACUAAUCCUUGCCCUAUUCAUGCCACCUACAUAUUAUGAUGCCUGGAGUUUACGGAAUGCAAUGAAGGGAGCAGGAACUCAGGAACGUGUAUUGAUUGAAAUUUUGUGCACAAGAACAAAUCAGGAAAUCCGAGAAAUUGUCAGAUGUUAUCAAUCAGAAUUUGGACGAGACCUUGAAAAGGACAUUAGAUCAGAUACAUCAGGACAUUUUGAACGUUUACUUGUAUCCAUGUGCCAGGGAAAUCGUGAUGAGAACCAGAAUGUUAACCACCAGUUGGCUCAGGAAGAUGCUCAACGUCUCUAUCAAGCUGGUGAGGGGAGACUGGGGACAGAUGAAUCUUGCUUUAACAUGAUUCUUGCCACAAGAAGCUUUCCUCAGCUAAGAGCUACCAUGGAGGCUUAUUCCAGGGUGGCUAAUCGUGACUUGAUAAGUAGUGUUGCCCGUGAAUUUUCCGGAAAUGUCGAAAGUGGUUUGAAGACCAUCUUGCAGUGUGCCCUGAACCGCUCUGCCUUCUUUGCUGAGAGGCUCUACUAUUCUAUGAAAGGUGCCGGCACAGAUGACUCUACCCUGGUCAGGAUUGUGGUCACUCGAAGUGAGAUUGAUCUUGUACAAAUAAAACAGAUGUUCAAACAGAUGUAUCAGAAGACCCUGAGCACAAUGAUUGCAAGUGACACAAGUGGCGAUUACCGAAGGCUUCUGCUGGCCAUUGUGGGCCAGUAGGAGGGAUUUUUAAAUAAACGAAGCUCUUCACAGCAUAUCCUUCAAAGCAGUGGCUGAUCUGUAUGCAGCAAUAUCAACCAUCACCAAACCAAAAGAGCUUUAUACUAAGGGUUGUGCCAGGGUAUUGUGCUUGGUUUGCACAUAUGGCUAUUGCCUUAAUUCCAAUGUUAUUUUUUUCUCUAAUACAAUCAGUAUGAAGCCAUAUCACAAUGAUGUAGUAAUAACGAAUGUCUGUAAGGCAUAAUUCUCACUGUUCUUAUUCUAAUCAAGAUCCCAAAUUAAAUAAAAAUCACAGCAGUCUCUAAUUCUGUGUAAUAAUGCUGAAUAAAAAAAAGUUGCUGAAA